AGUACUUCUCACUAUUAAAAAUAUCAGUAAAUACAAGUAUUAUUUUUGAUAAGCUUGUUGUUCAACUCACUUUUUGGAAAUCAAAAUGUUUUCUUCCAUAAAAGUUCUACUGAAUAGGAUGUACAAAGACUUGAAUAAACUGUUCUUCCAGGGAAAUUUGAGAAAACCCUCAUAAUAGAGCUAAUCGACCAAGAAUGAGAACAAAUAGAAAGUGUGGUUGGGAGUUAUUGUCCUGUUAAGAUAAUAAAAUUUCCUCAGCUAGGAAAGGAGUUACUUGAUUUUUCUCUUUUUAUCCCCCUAGACUUAGAGACCAAACCUGGAACCAAGAAUGCUACACUAACAGAUGACAUUUCUGAAGAUUUAUCACAGGAGGCCAUAGUAGAGAAACUCACCGAGAGUGGUCUGUGGGAUUCCAGAAUGGGAGGAUUAUGGAAAUGGAAUGACAGGAUAUUAAGACAGCAAAAUAGUCAGGACAGUAAUUUGAGUCAAAGAACAAUUACUCACAAGAAAACUCCCACUGGUCAAAGAGAUUAUAGAUUUGGAUCUGUUCUUGUUACAGAACCAGCACUUGCCACAGAAGAAUCCCACAGCAGAUGCCAAAUACAUGAGGAAAAUUUCACAGAGAAUUUAGAUUUUAUUACAGGUACCCAUUUGGGGAAGAUAGUUUACAAGGACACAGAAAGCAGCAAAACCAUAAAGCAGACUUCAGAACUUACUUUGGGGAAAAAAUCCAAUGAUAGAGAAAAACCCUAUGAAUGUAGUACAUGUGAAAAGGCCUUUCGUUAUAGGUCAUUACUCAUUCAACAUCAAAGAACUCACACUAAAGAGAAACCUUAUGCAUGUGCCGAAUGUGGGAAAACAUUCAGCCAGCCUUCGUAUCUCAGUCAGCAUAAAAAAAUCCACACUGGAGAAAAACCUUAUAAAUGUAAUGAGUGUGAAAAGGCCUUCAUUGCUUCUUCAUCACUGAUGGUACAUCAGAGAAUCCAUACAAAAGAGAAGCCUUAUCAAUGCAAUGUCUGUGGAAAAUCCUUCAGCCAGUGUGCCCGUCUGAAUCAGCACCAGAGAGUUCAAACUGGAGAGAAACCCUAUCAAUGUAGUGAAUGCGGGAAAGCUUUUAGUGACAAAUCAAAACUGGCAAGACAUCAGGAAACUCACAAUGGUGAGAAGCCCUUCAAAUGUAAUGAUUGUGGAAAAGCCUUCAGGAAUAAGUCAUAUCUCAGUGUGCACCAAAAGACCCAUACUGAAGAGAAACCAUAUAAGUGCAAUGAGUGUGGGAAAUCUUUCAAGAAUACCACAAUAUUUAAUGUUCAUCAGAGAAUUCAUACCGGAGAGAAGCCCUUUAGAUGUAAUGAAUGUGGGAAAGCCUACCGAAGUAAUUCAAGCCUUAUUGUACAUGUAAGAACUCACACUGGGGAAAAACCCUAUGAAUGUAAUGAAUGUGGGAAAGCCUUCAACCGCAUAGCAAAUUUCACAGAACAUCAGAGAAUUCAUACAGGAGAAAAACCCUAUAAAUGUAAUGAAUGUGGAAAAGCCUUCAUUAAUUAUUCAUGCCUUACUGUACACCACAGAAUGCACACAGGAGAGAAACCUUAUAAAUGUAAUGAAUGUGGAAAGGCCUUCGUGCGUUCUUCCUCUCUAAUUAUACAUCAGCGUAUUCAUACUGAAGAGAAACCUUAUCUAUGUAAUGAAUGUGGGGAAUCAUUCAGAAUAAAAUCACACUUAACUGUGCAUCAGAGGAUUCACACUGGAGAGAAACCUUAUAAAUGUAGUGACUGUGAGAGGGCAUUCACCAAAAUGGUAAAUCUCAAGGAACAUCAGAAAAUUCAUACUGGAGUGAAACCCUAUAAAUGUUAUGAUUGUGGAAAGUCCUUCAGGACUAAGUCAUACCUUAUUGUACAUCAAAGGACACAUACUGGAGAAAAACCCUAUAAAUGUAAUGAAUGUGAGAAAGCCUUCACUAAUACAUCACAGCUCACUGUGCAUCAACGAAGGCACACGGGAGAGAAACCCUAUAAAUGUAAUGAAUGUGGGAAGGUUUUCACAAGUAACUCAGGCUUUAAUACCCAUCAGAGAACACAUACUGGAGAAAAACCAUUUAAAUGUAAUGACUGUGGAAAAGCAUUUAGCCAGAUGGUACAUGUCACAGAACAUCAGAAAAUCCACAGUGGAGAGAAGCCCUAUAAGUGUGACGUCUGUGGAAAAGCCUUCAGGAGGGGUUCAUACCUUACAGUGCAUUGGAGAACACAUACUGGAGAAAAGCCCUAUACCUGUAAGGAAUGUGGAAAAGGUUGUAUUACUCUAUCACAGCUAACUCUACAUCAGAGAAUUCAUACUGGGGAGAGGCCCUAUAAAUGUGAAGAAUGUGGAAAGGCCUUCAGAACUAACUCAGACUUUACUGUACACCUGAGGAUGCAUACUGGAGAAAAACCCUAUAAAUGUAAUGAAUGUAGGAAAGCCUUCAGGAGUAGUUCAAGCCUUACUGUACAUCAAAAAAUACAUCAGAGAGAAACUCAAUUAAUAUAGAGAACCAUAAAUCAUUCAUUCAAAUGUCAACUCCACAAGAUGAAUUUGAUAAACUAUAUUUUAUGAAUGUGGGGAAUCUUCAUUAAAAAUUCACCCACAAUAUACACUAGAUACUCUAGAAACAUAAUGAAUGUGGAGAAGCAUUUAGUUAUAUUAGACCUUAGAAGUUAUAAGAAAAUUCACACUAGAGAAAAAUAACAUACAAAUGAAAGUCUUCAUUCAGAUUUCAUACUUUACUCAUUUAACAAAUUAUCUUCAAUUAAUUUAUAUAUAUAUGCCUAUUUUUCUAUUGGUUUAUCUGCCUUUUCUUAUAAAUCUUGAGGUACUUUUUAUAUAUUUUAGAUAUUAGUCCUUUGUUAUUUGUGUAGCAAAUAUUUAUCUUAAUCUAGUAUUUGUCAUUAUACUUUUAAAUAGAGUCACAUUUUUAUUCUUAGAGUAAACUAUAUCUUUUCAUUUUUAGAUUCUCAAUUUACUCAUUUAGAUUAAAAGAGGUAUCCUUAAUUCCUGGAUAUCCUCAGUUUGUUUCUAAGAUUUUAGAAAGUUUGUUUCUAACUUUAGUUUUUACAUUCAAGUCUUAAGUCCCUCUGGACUGGAUGGUUCUUCAUAGAAGAACAACUAUAGAUGACCAUUAACCUACGAAAAUAUUUUGAAUCUAAAUAGUGCUCAGGGAAAUGCAAAAUAAAAUGACCAGUGAGAUGAAACUUCUCCUUCAUGGAGAUGGCAAAAAUUAAGAGAUCUUUUACUAAUGAGGUUUAUAAAAUAAUUUACAUUAAGGUUGUAUAACUUCUAUUUCCACCAGCAAUCCAGCAAUAUAUAAUUAAAAUAUUAACUAUAGUAUAUGCCCUUAGGCCCAGUAGUCUCACUUUGGGGAAUCUG